AUGUCUGACUGCAGAAGACAGUGGAACCGGGAAGAUGAGCUACCGGUCUACUUGGCGGGGCCGAUCAACACCGGGCCGAACCAGAAGAAAUCCUACGGGAUGUUCAGCUCCGUGGAGGGGGCGUUUGAAAGCAAGACCAUAGACUUCGAUAACUACGCGGUGGGGAGGAAAGGGAGCCGCACCCCGAGAAGCGGGAGCCGGGAGAGGGUCUUGGACGCUGGUGACCCCAUGGGCAAGACGUCCAGCGAGGCCCGGGAGGGGUCACUGACCAACUCAACCGGGGAGACAGACGAUGCACACCCCGGUGUUGAGAGUGAAAGGCUGUUGAUCAAAGGAGGGCGGGUGGUCAAUGAUGACCAGUCUCUCUAUGCAGAUGUUUACAUUGAGGAUGGGCUUAUCAAGCAGGUGGGGGAGAAUCUGGUUGUACCGGGGGGUAUCAAGGUGAUCGAGGCCAAUGGUCGCAUGGUGAUACCAGGGGGGAUAGAUGUCAACACCUGCUUGAUGAAGCAUUACCUGGGCACACAGCCUGCUGAUGAUUUCCUCCAGGGCACCAAGGCUGCACUCGCUGGGGGCACCACUAUGAUCAUUGACCAUGUGACGCCCGCGCCGGGGGAGAGUCUGCUGGAGGCGUUUGAGUGCUGGCAGGAGGCUGCAGAUAAGAAAGCAUGUUGCGAUUACUCCCUGCAUGUAGACAUCCCCCAGUGGAAUGAGAUUGUUAAAGAUGAGUUGGAGCUGCUGGUGCAAGAGAAAGGUAUCAACUCCUUCCAAGUGUACAUGGCUUAUAAGGAUGUGUACCAGAUGUCAGACUCUCAGCUGUAUGAGGCGUUCUCCUUCCUAAAGCAGCUGGGUGCUGUGGUGUUAGUUCAUGCUGAAAAUGGAGACCUGAUUGCUCAGGAACAGAGAAAAAUCCUCGGAAUGGGAAUCACCGGACCUGAAGGCCAUCCUCUGAGUCGUCCUGAAGAGCUGGAGGCUGAGGCAGUGUUCCGUGCCAUCACGCUUGGCAACCGUGUCAACUGUCCUGUGUACAUCACCAAGGUGAUGAGCAAGAGUGCAGCUGACACUAUUGCCCAGGCCCGUAGGAAAGGUUCUGUAGUUUUUGGGGAGCCAAUUACAGCUAGCCUGGUCACUGACGGCUCUCACUAUUGGAGCAGAAACUGGGCCAAAGCAGCUGCUUAUGUGACCUCUCCACCUUUGAGUCCUGACCCCACAACUCCAGACCACCUCAACACACUGCUGGCUUGUGGGGACCUCCAGGUGGUGGGCAGCGCUCACUGCGCUUACAGCACUUCCCAGAAAGCAAUCGGUAAAGAUGACUUCACCCUGAUCCCAGAGGGAACCAACGGAGUGGAGGAGAGAAUGGGUUUCGUCUGGGACAAGGCUGUGGCCAUGGGCAAAAUGGAUGAAAACCAGUUUGUGGCAGUCACAUCUACCAACGCUGCUAAAAUCUUCAACUUGUACCCACGCAAAGGCAGGAUAGCGGUGGGCUCUGACGCUGACAUUGUCAUCUGGGACCCAUACAGCGUCAAAACCAUCACUGCCAAACUCCAGCAGUCGGCUUCAGAAUACAACAUCUUUGAGGGUCUGGAGUGCCGUGGAGGUCCAGCGCUGGUGUUGAGUCAAGGUCGGGUGGUUUAUGAGGAAGGCAAGCUGCAGGCCCAGCAGGGCACUGGCCGAUUUAUUCCCCGCAAGCACUUCCCAGACUACGCUUACCAGCGCGUUAAAUUCAGGAACCAGGUGAACAGACAGCAGGGCGUUACUCGUGGGUUGUAUGAUGGCCCUGUGUAUGAUGUCGUUCCGACCCCCAAAUAUAUAACUCCUGCUCCGUCAGCCAAAACUUCACCCAUUUCUCACCAACCACCACCAAUACGCAAUCUUCACCAGUCCAACUUUAGCCUAUCAGGGGCACAGCUUGAUGACAACAUCCCUCGUAGGUCUGGCCACCGUAUUGUAGCACCCCCCGGUGGUCGCUCCAACAUCACUAGCCUUGGUUGAACAACCUGACUAUGUACAAAGUGUUGUUUUUUUGGGGUUUUACCUCCUGAGUGUGUGUGUAUGACUACGAGUGUGAGCACACUGACAUUAAUCAAAUUUGUAUUUUUUUGCACAAUGGUGACACACUCCUUUUAGACCAUUAUGAUUUUUAUCAGUUUGCCUUUAGUGC